UCAAACCAGACGUGAGUACUUGCACCCGGCUUGAUCACUCAUUUCCUUUUAUAAUCACAAUCAAUCACGCCCUUAGGUUUGCCGCAACAAGAAGAAAAAGACACAGAUUAUCUGUCGCCGGUAAUCCGCCACGCACCAGACGGAGUACCCGGAUUCGAUCAUCCAGCAUUCGACAGAAAUCAACACCCUCCCCAGCAGCAGGCCCUUGACGAGCCACUUAUCCCACUUGUAAGUACCACGACACCACAACGGAUUCGCCAUAUUAUUACCAAUGCGUAUGAAACGUGCCAUAAUGACUUUCAUGUUGGAUACUUAUGUGAACCGGUCAACAGUCGGCAAACAUCUACUUCAAGAAUCACUGGGACCACUCUAUAA